ACAGGAGAGCAGGACAGGGAGCUUGACAAUGGAACUUCUCUGUGGUGAAUGUUAAUGAGAGCCAGGGAAAGUGAAUGUGCAUGUGGAGGUGUGGGUGAAGGGCGCCCUAUGUCACAUCUCAACUUCAAGGAUUGCACUUUUCCCUCCUUUGGGUCAAGAGCACGCGGUGACGCAGGAGAUCGCUGGCCACUAGUCUGCAGCUCAUUCCCUGUGCGUUUGUCGGGAGUUGAUGGCACUACAGUGCAAACAGGGAGACGAGAAAGACGAGCAAAAGGGAGAAAAUGUGAUUGAGAAAAUGUGGGGGAAGAUCGGCUCAGGGAGGGCUGGACUCAGACACCCUCUUCUGAAGCUCCCCUGAGUUGCACCGCUGCAGCAUGUCAGCCAAGUCUAAGGGCACAUCCUCGCCAUCAGAGGGGCCAGCUUCCAAAGCCAAGGUGAAGGAGCAGAUCAAGACUAUUGUGGAUGAUUUGGAAUUAGUCCUGGGAGACCUGAAGGAUGUAGCCAAGGAACUUAAGGAGGUGGUUGAUCAAAUUGAUACACUAACAUCAGAUCUACAGCUGGAGGAUGAGAUGACAGACAGCUCAAAAACAGACACACUGAACAGUAGCUCAAGUAGCACAACAGCUUCCAGUUUAGAUAAGAUCAAGGUUCGUGCCAAUGCACCACUUAUAAGUCCCCCUGCCCAUCCAUCUGCUGUUCUUACAGUUUUACGAAAACCCAACCCACCACCACCGCCACCACGGCUGACACCAGUGAAAUUUGAAGAUACUCUUAAGGUAGAUUCUUCAACAAACAAUGGGAGGAAUAAUGGGAUUUUACUUCGCAAUGGUGGAUUUCCUGGAGGGCCAGUCAGCAUUCCCAAUGGGGACAGAUGUGCCAUUCACAAUUUUAAAGUGGAAAAAAGUCCAGAUACACUCAUGACACAUAGGACAGAGAAAGAACGGUGCGCACAAUCUUCAACUAGGGAACGUGUACGUUUUAGUGAAAAUGUUCUCUAUCAUGGCUACUGUCCUGACUGUGACGUGCAAUCGGAUAUAAAAAAUAGAGAUUUACAUCUACACAGUGAGCCGGUGCAUAUAGCAGGAAAACUUCCACAUAAUUGUUCUACUUUACAAUCGCCCUCUCUUGCUCCCUUUCCCAUUGAAAAUGGAGGACUAGGAAAAAACAGCAGUAGUAGCCAUCAUUUUCAAAAAACAGGAACUCAGCCUCCGCAGACUGCGCCAAAACCUCAAAAGACUAUACUGAGGAAAUCAACCACUACGACUGUGUGAUAUUUUUAUUUUUUUAUCUUCAUUUUUUUUUUAUUGAUAUGAAUAUAAAGAAAAUUAGACAAUGAGCACUUUAAAGCAAUAAGAAGUCCAAAUGAAUCCUGAUAUCCUUAAACAAGUGUCAAAACAAUCAUUUGAUCAUUGAGGCGGGGAAGUAUCUUCAAAAAGUGGCUCUUUCAUUUAUAUGCAUUUUAAGUUUACAUAUUUCAUGAUGACUUGAGCAGGGUGACAAAUGGGAGGAAAAGCCACAAGAGACAUCCUUAUAUGUCAUUGAAGUUUCAGCACAAUGAUAUGAAGUACUCUGCUUGAUUUCUCUCAGAUCCACUAGGAAGACCUAGAAUCUAGAAUCACAGCCUUAAAUCACCUCUAGAAAGCAAUGUAGAACUGUUAGUAGCAACUACACAAGUAUUGGGGAAUGUUCUGGAGCACUUUGUGGAUGGAAUCAAUGAAAUGGAUAUAAUUCAAACUUCUCAAACAUCACUGAGCCUAUCAGUUUGGAGAAUAACCCAGACAAUCCUGGUAUAAAGGAUAUUGGUGCCGGGAUGGUCAAUGACUGAGAUAACAGUUGAGAAAGUCUCUGCUGUGCCAUAUAAAGCCAUAGAUGAAUCGAGGAAGAUGUAGAGCUGACAAUGAAAAGUGCCGUAUCUCUAUCACUUUCUUUAAAUUCAUUAUCAGCUUAAGAUCAAAUGUUGCAGACUGCUUUCAAUGCAUGUCAAAAAAUAUUUGCACUGUCAGUUCCAUUCAGGGUAAUGCUAUGUGCCAUUGUUUGCAAAGUCGGAAAAGAAAAAUUACAUAGAGUGCAUCAUUUAGGGGCUUGCAAGACAUCUGAGAAUGUUCUAACAUGGACGCCUCACCCCCUUCAUCGUAGUAUGAAACCUGCCUCUUUUCAUGUUACUAUGGAAAAAAUAAUCUUGUAUGUAUAUACACACACAGGUCAUCAACAGAUUCCAGAAAUAUAUUUAUUUGAUAAAGUCUGAUACUGCCUUAUAAUUACAGGAUCUCAUUUUAACGUAUGUCUCCUUUUGUUAGUGUUCAUUAGGCACUUUCAGGCUUAAUUAAAUUCUCCCAAGGAGCUUGUUUUAAUUAACAUUAUUAUUAUUGUUAUUUUAACAGUUAUUGCCAAGGAGGGAAGUGAAAAGUUGGAUAGAAAUUAGUACCAGCAAAAUAUAUUAUAGUCUUUAUCCAACACCAAUCAAAGUAUAUGUUGGAAAAGUGACUUAUUGAAUUUUAUGUUUGUUUCCUGUAGCACUUAUCUUUAUUUUCCUACAAAAGUUCUUUUUUGAGUUUUUUUCCCAUUUAGUUUAUGUUUUACUAUGAAUUCAGGAGCUUUUUUUUUUUUUCAAAUUGCAAAAAAAGCCAAUCAUGUCAGGUCAUUUAAAUUUUCAGGCUAAAAGCUUUAAUAUAAAUACUAUAUAAAAUUGUAUAAUUAUAAAAUAUAUUUCUACUUGCCUACAUGUAAACAUUGAAAAUAAAUAUUUUUCACAUAAACUUCAGUAAAAAAUAUUUUGAUAAUUUAAUAUGAUGGGUGAAAGUUUGCUGGUAAUUAAAGAAUGAAAGAAUACUGUAUCUAUUGACUUAGGUAAAGAGAUAAUGGACAAAGCUUCAAUGUCUUACUUACAAGUUACUGAAAUGUAUGUUGCAUUUAACACAUUGUAUAGUUGGUGUUUUUCUCUAGUUUUCUUUACCCUUUUAUUUCUUUAAAUAAAAAAUCCCCCUGAAUAGGACAUUUCCAUAAAGGUGUAGCUAAAGAAAGUAUUUCAUUAAUUUUAAGUGGAACUACAAACAGUUUCAUUCUCUGGUAGCAAAGGUAUUGUAACUGUAGCUUAAAGGGAUACUGUCAUGAGAAAUUUUUUUUUUUUUUCAAAAUGAAUCAGUUAAUAGUGCUGC